CACUGAUGGAACGCCUGAGCGAAUUUGUUCUUCAUCAGUCUAAGCUUUUUCCGGAAAAGUCUUUGGGUAAGAUUUGUGCAUUUAACUCCUCGGCUUCUCCUGUAUGCACAGCAUUAUGAUUUCAAGUUCUUCUCUACGUCUUGUCAUGGCAAACUGUCGGGGAAUUUCAAAGCGCCAAGUAGCCCUUGUUUCGUUCAUGCGUAACGUUGUCAUAACUGGUGUUCCAUCUGCUCAAAGUGACCAUUCAUUAUUAUUACGUUUCGGGAGACCAUUACAUACAUCUACCUUCAGAGUAGCAGAUAAACCUACAGCAGGCAAUACUGCGAAAACAGAAGAAGGUGGAAAGAAUUUGGCGCUAAGGGACAGACUAAAGUCCGUCGUCGCAGAAUAUGGAUCAACAGCUAUAGUGUUUCAUGUGACUAUUUCUCUGACUUCCCUGGGGUUGUGUUAUACCGCAGUGAAAAGGUCAGUCAUCACGAAGGAAAAAAAAAGAAAUAUUAACUUUUAGCUAACCGAGCGUAAGGGCCGUGGUGGGGAAUGUUGGUCCGAGGUCGUGGCUGUGCGGACCGAGCGCAGCGUUAUUAUCAUAUGACCACUAGAUGUUUGUUUCAACUUAUUUAGUAUGCGAUAGAGGACGGGCGCUCACGGGAACCACGAAAUACAUUCUUCAAUGAAACCUUUUCCUUCGUCUUUUCGAGUCAGAACAAAAAAUUCACAAUUCAAUGAAAAACGCAACUAUAUUUAACUCUCUUCGUUUUUCCUUUAAGUUUUUGCAACAAAGCGGUGUGAAUGCAGGGCCAGCCGGCUUUUUCCGUACUGGCUCAUGUCAACCUGUCCGGCUCUACACACAUCAGCUGUCACUAUAAAUGGUCUUUUAUAAUAUUGCACGCACAGGGUUGUAUUGGUUUUAUGAUAAUAAAUUUUAAUGAACAUUUGUGCUAAGCUGAUGUUAAGCAGCAAGAGAAAAAACUAGUAGAUUCCACACAGUACAUUGAUUUUUACAUUAUUUAAUCUAAGGUAACUAAACGAACAGCUUCAUCAUGUUUCUGACCUUGGAUAAGGUAUUCUUUUUUCAGGGGAGGGCAAGAGUGUAGCUGCAAAAGGUUUGGAAGUGGGAAAGAUGAGGGAAAAAAGGGUUGCUUGAUCCAGUCUCUGCAUGAAUUGUCUACCAUUUCUUGUUUCCUUGUGCAAUACUAUUUUGAAUCAUUCCAAUAACUCUCUUCUGAUGUAAGCCAAUCAGAUAUUUGCUGGAAAUGAAUGCAACUAAGAAGGAAAUUUUUAACCACACUAACAUCAAUAAAAUUAUAUUCUUAUUUUAGUGGAAUUGAUGUCCAAGCUGCUCUCCAGAAAAUUGGUGUUAGCCCAACAGUGUCAGAUUCCAGUGUUGCAACAGAGGCAAGUACUUUUGUGGUGGCAUAUGCUUGUCAUAAAGUUUUUGCUCCAUUGAGAAUGCUCAUGACCAUAAGCUGCACUCCACUCAUUGUCAGGAAGCUCCGCAAAAUGGGUAUUCUCAAGGAACCUUUGAGGCAGUAA